AUGUUCCGAUACACGAGAUCUAUUAUCCAUCUGCUUCUCAUAUGCGUGCUCGUAAGUGCUUCUCAUAAUUAUGCUGACGAAAGGACAUUCAAUGCUGCCUUAAAGCCAAAUCGUGCGACGAAGAUGGAUGGUGAAGUUUCUGGCUACAACUUUCCUGCAUUCUUUGUUUCGCGGCAAGUCCAGCAAGUCAUUGAGCUUAAAGUUGAUAAGUUCAAAAAUUAUGAGGGGGAGGUAGAGGACUAUCUGAACGAAGAUUUGACACCAUGGUAUAUUGAUAUCUUGGUUCUUACCAAACAGGACUUGGAAAUCAUCAACCUCGACAAAGAUGUAAGAAGGGAAAUUGAGCUACCACAUGGAUCAGAUCUCUCAUACUGGUCGGUGAUUAUAUCUAGGACUGACAUAACUGUUAAUCCAGACAUAGAACAAUACAGUCUGGAUGAAGUCCUGGCCAAAAACCUGAACCAAUCGUUGAUUUCAUCCUUUACCCUUUCUCCCGAAAACCUCACUGGUCAACACCCUCUUGGAACUCCAGGGAACUAUUGCAUUAUCGCGGACUUUCACUGUCCUAAGGAGAACAUGAUCGCCUAUGUUUACGUCACUUUUCGAGAUUCCCAUGGUGAAUUGAGCAGAGAUGAUUACAAGUAUAUGCACAUCUACUUUGCCAUUGGCCUCAUCUACAUGAUCAGUUCAUUCCUGUACAGUUAUUAUGUUUCUUUUUGGAGUUUAUAUCGGAACAAAUCUUUCUCCGUGAUUAUUGGCCCGAAACACAAAUUGAAAAAUGGGGAGGCUCAAGUUUGGAUCCUGAUGUACAUGUUCGGAACCUCCUUAUAUUACUUUUUAGAGGCCAGUCGUUUAUACAAGUUGAAUAUGCAUGAUCCCUACAAGCCCAGCUUUCUAGCAGGUUUUCUGAGAAUUGCUUCUCGGAUCUUAGCCAAUGUUCUUUCUAGCUGGACCUUGUACAACUUGAUGUUGAUGUCCCUGGGCUUUACUUUCUCUUCGGGUUUACCAAAUCGACUAUUUUCGAUACAAACGAUCCGCCAAUCCUUUUCUUCCUUUUCGGCAGCUGCGACGUUUUACAAAAUGAGUCCAGGCGAUGAUAAUCCCACCCUUCUGGAAACAAUUCUGAGACUUGCGAGUAUGAUUUUGGCCGCCACUUUCUUUUUCAAUGGCUUGUACGACUUGCUGUUAGCAUCGUCAGGCUCUCCUGUUUCUUCAGACUCCACCAAUCAACAGUUUUUUAGGUUCAUAAGGUGGGCGACCAUUGGAAAUGUUAUCAUAGGCUCAGUAUCCGCUUUUUUUCCUACAUAUGAUGAGAAUGGUCGAGAAGUGGUUGGAAGUGUUUUUGUAACGGGGAGAAGCUGGGUCUUGUUUAUCUGUUGUCUCUACUAUUCGGUUAAAACAUUCUCAGAAUUAUGUUUGCACGGAAGAAAAUCAGUUGCAAUCAGAUUUAUAGCCACUGCCAUACUGAUUCUAAUGCCCCUUGCGUUUGACGUUUUCAAAAGCAUCUUUGAUAUACCGAUACCAUCAGGUUUAUGGAGGAUGAUUGAAGAGUCCAGAACUAUCAAGUCCAUUAUCUUUUCAAUGUAUGCUAUGUUAGCUGCAGUUAAACGGUCUGUAUUUAUCAGACACAUUCUCCAUUUAGUAGCUACUCUGUUUGUGGCGUUAUUGUGGAAGGAUGCCAUUCUUGAACCAGGGAAGGUUAUAAAGGAGGAAUGA